AUGUCGCCCGCGAAGCAGCUCACCAAGGCUGCCCGUAUCAUCCUUAUUGGUGCUCCGGGUGUAGGAAAGGGCACACAGUCCGAGCGACUGCUAUCUCGCUUCCCACAGCUAGCCUCGAUCAGCUCGGGUGAUCUGUUGCGCGAAAAUGUGCGCCGACGCACACCACUUGGCAUCCAAGCCGAAGUCACAAUGCAGUCCGGCAAUCUCGUUCCAGACUCUAUGAUUCUGAGCUUGAUCUCGGACGAUAUGAAAACCAAGGGCUGGCUCCUACCACAAUCCGAAUCCACACCAUCAGCCAAUUCAUCCUCGCCUAAAAUCGACCCCUCUGCUUCUUUCAUUCUCGACGGAUUUCCCCGCACAGACAGCCAAGCCACCAGCCUGGACAGCUUAGUACCCGUGAACUUCGUCGUGCACCUCAACACUCCUCCCUCGGUAAUCCUCUCCCGAAUCGCAUCCCGUUGGGUCCACGAGCCCUCAGGCCGAGUGUACAACACAGACUUCCACCCGCCCAAGGUGCCAGGCAAGGACGACGUCACAGGCGAGACGCUGACGCAGCGACAAGACGACUCAAUCGAGACGUGGCAGCAGCGGCUACGAAAGUUCGAGGAAACGAGCAAGACACUUCUGGAGCACUAUGACCGUCGGGGUGUUCUCUGGAGGGUAGAGGGCAACAGCAGUGACGAGAUCACUCCGCAGUUAUUUGCAGAAUUCGAGAAACGGUUCUGCUGA